AUGGUAGGGUCCGCUACGUACACGGAUGCCGAGAUUGCCUGGAUCUUGGACCAGGCCCUCGCGGGCACCAAGGCUUCCGAUAUCCAGAACGGCUUUCGGCGGUUCGGCCGGGGCCUCAGCGCGAGCCAGCUUCGCUACGUCAAGGGAAAAUAUGGCCGCGAUCCCAGGUUUAAUAGCCCUCUCAUCAACCGACCGAUCCACCCGACUACGUCUGUCACAGAAACCAGUCCACAGGGCGCUCCUGCCCUCCCGUCCACCGAAGCGCUCGCCGCCACCACGCCGUCUCUGCCCCCGGCUCGAGCUCCCACUCCCACCUAUGCGGCUGUCAUAUAUACCGGUCCCAAUUCCGUGCCACCCCGGGUCCUGCUUCCUCCCGAAACCGCCAUACCACCUCAGCUUGCUGGAGUCAGACGGCCCCGCGAGGACGAAGAUGCGAGCGUCAGAGCUAUACAAGAACAAUCUGGUGCCAAGCGACAGAGACUCGAGGGGCAGCAAGACAUUGCCACAACGGCUCAGAGCGUGGACAACUCUAAGAAUACGGCUCACUACACCAACGAAGACCUCGUGCGGAUGUUGAGCCACCCCUCGGUCUACAACACACCCCAGUACCAUGCCCAUCGCUUUCAAGCCGGCUACAUGCCCGUCGAUCCCUCCAUGACGGUAAAUAUGUCGCCGAGUAUUGGCUUCAGCAUGUCCGCAAACCCCCAGAUACGGCCUCAUCAACAAUCCUCAACCGUUCCCAGUCCUGGCGUUGCCGGAAGCUCUGCCGACUCUGCACACGUCCAAGCGAGCACCUUCAACCCUGCUCUCGGUCUUCAUCUCCCUACCUCGUACGACAACAAUCCAGAGCCCGAACCGGAACAGGCAUCUACAUUCAACUCGGCCUUGGGCCUCCAUCUACCGACUGCGAGCAACCAUCCUUCACCGGCUCAAGGACAGAUCUCGACCUUCAACUCGGCCCUGGGGUUACACCUUCCUGUCGGGGACAAUGGCAAUAACAACAACACCACAUCUCAGCAACGCCAGACGAGCACCUUCAACUCAGCCCUUGGCUUGCAUCUCCCGACUCCGACCGCGUCCAUGCAAGGACAGACUUCUACAUUCAACUCGGCCCUCGGCUUGCAUCUCCCCGCGCCCAGCAACGAUCCCGUACCCAUGCAAGGUCAGACAAGCACCUUCAACUCGGCUCUUGGCUUGCACCUCCCCAGCAAUAUCAGCAACGCCAACAAUACAUCAUCUGCGACCAUGUACAACCCCUCGCUUGGUUUGCAUCUCCCCGUCGCCCACAGCAACCUAUCACUACCGGCGAGCACUCGCACCUCGGCCACGGGCCUGCACCUCCCGAGCCCGACGAUGACCAACCGCCCGGCCGAAGCAACGAGCCGCCCCGCCCACACGAUCGUCGACCCGCUGGCUCCGCGUUCCGCUCCCGUUGCCGCCCCCGCCGAUGACCCCGCUCCGGCUCCGGCUCCGGCCUCGCCGGACAGCCUGUUUGGCGAUGACCCGGAGGACCUCGAGCUCCCGUCGUCUCCCCCCGGCGCUCCGAUCCCGUCACUCGCAGACGGGGAGGCUGACGCCGCUCCCACCGGCCACAUGUAG